AUGUAUGAGCAGGCAGAGCCUGUCCGGUCGCCUUUCUCCGGCCCCGACAGCCGCCAAACCAGCGGGGCGCCCCAACCCCGUCCCGUCCCUCAGAGUGGUUCACGCGAGCGUGUCCGCCAUGGCAACGGCGCUUCUGACAAGCAGCGGGAAGACCAGGACACGUCUUCACACACGUACGAAAACGCCGAGGAGGUGAAACGUCACGCAACGUCUGCAGACCGCGCGUAUCCGGGUGGAGCGAGCGCCCGCCGGGGUGUCUGUAGCUUCCUCCGCGCCCGCCGCAGCUGCGUGGCCGCCGGCAUCGCCGUGCUACUGAGUCUGGUCGCCGUGGGACUCGCCCCUCUGACGUUCAGCAACAAACAGGAAAUAUCCCAAUUGUCGACAACUGUUGACGCCUUGAAGCGCGACCAAGACGGCAUGUCCACCACUGUUGACGCCUUGAAGCGCGACCAAGACGGCAUGUCCACCACUGUUGACGCCUUGAAGCGCGACCUGAACAACGAGCGCAGCCGGACCGCCACCUUGGAGCAGCGUCUUCACGAGAUUGUGAACUCGAAGACUUUGGGUAAAUUUCCAGCACCUUGUCCCGAAGGUUACACCAAGUGGCGUGGAAUCUGCUACAAGUUCUUCUACACACGCAAGACCUUCGACCAAGCGGCGGCGGCCUGCCGUGCAGACGGCGGCACCCUCGCCAUGCCCCGAGACGCCGAGACCAACGCCUUCCUGGACUCCCUGCACAACUCCGUGAGCGACAGUGGGAACUUCUGGAUCGGCCUGCACGAUCAGCGCGAAGAGGGAAAGUUUGAGUGGAUGGACUGGUCUGCACUUGGGUCGUACAACUCCUGGGGUAAGCGACAACCGAACAACGAUCGGGGACGGCGCGAACAAGAUUGCGUCACUUACUCCGUGAACCCAUCACACAAAGACAAGUGGAACGACCACUACUGCGACCUGCGGUUGUACUUCAUAUGCCAGACCGCUCCAGGCGACAGGCGGAACUCUCACCACUGCUGUACGGCUCUCCGAAUAUCCGCAGUCAAAUUAACUAGUACAACUUAAGACUAAAUUAGUAGACUUAAAAUUAAAACUUUUAAGUGACUUCUAAAACUUUU